AAUGAAACAAAGAAACGAGAUGAGGGUGUGAUUGAGCACGUUCCUGGAGCAGGUGCACUGCCGUCCUGGAGAUGAGAAGCCGAGAUGCCGAAAAAUAGAAACGAAACAUUGAGAGAAAAUGAAACAAAAUGGGAGGGCGAGCUGUGCCUGAAACCCGGGGCGGGGUGGUUAACCGUGAGAGCCCUCACUGCUCUAACCCCCAGAGUAUUCCCAGCCCCUGCUGCUUCAAUAUUCCCCAAUUCCCGGUGUCCCGGAGUAUUUUAAAAUUUAUUUACCGUGUUAUUUUAAAUUGGGUUUUGCACAGGCUCGUAUGGGUGCUGCAAAUCUGGAACAGAAACAGAGCGUGCUGCAAAAACGCGGCAGGUCUGGCAGCACCCCAUGGAGAGAAAUCAGAGUUAACUUCUCGAGUCCACUUCUUCAGAAGCAGUCUCAAAACAUCAACUCUUUCUCCAACGUGUUCCGGUUUUAUUUAGGACUUUACAAUCCUUAUGGAAAAGGUGUAGACACUGUUGAUUAGCCCGUUUUCAACAAAAUUGACCAAGCAGACCCCAAGUUGCUGCUCACUGGGCAGUAUUCCAGACAAUCACAGAGAUCUUCAUCUUGGUUCCAGCUCUGGUCGGUCUGAAAGGCAACUUGGAAAUGACCCUUGCCUCCAGGAUGUCGACAGCAGUUUGGUGAUGAUUGUGGUGAUACUGGGAUCGAGGAAGGUUGGGAUCAACCCGGAUAAUGUUGCCACUCCGAUUGCAGCGAGCCUGGGUGACCUGAUCACGCUCUCACUGCUGGCCGUGAUUAGCAGCGUGUUCUUUGAGCACAUACAUCUGGUGUACCUGGCCCCCUCGCUGUGUGGAGUCUUCCUGGGCCUGAUCCCCUUCUGGGUGCUCAUCGCCAAGAGGAACCCCCAGAUAAAGGAGGUGCUCAAAACUGGGUGGCAGCCUGUACUGGUUGCCAUGACGAUUAGCAGCGUCGGUGGCUUGAUCCUGGACAAGACUGUCACAAACCCCAACUUUGAAGGUGUGGCUGUUUUCACCCCUGUUAUUAACGGUGUUGGUGGAAACCUCGUGGCGAUUCAGGCAAGUCGUAUUUCCACCUCCCUCCACCUGUGGAGCGUUCCCGGAGUGUUACCGCGGAGGAUGUGGCAGAAAUGGCCCAACCCAUGUACGACGUUUUUCCGCUCUGGUAGGUCAUCCCUUCAACCCCUCGCAAUGCAGAUCUGUCUCAAUGGUGCGGUGUAG